AAAAAAUCCCGCCAGGCGUUUCCCGCCAGAUAAAGCAUCAUCUCACUCCACCCCACUUAAACCCUAACACUCGUUUCUUCAGAGGCUGACCAAGCAAAAUUACGACAGCUUUCAUCCCGGAGUAAGCGACAUAGACCUAGAAGGUCGUCGUCGUUUCAAAUCGACCAUGAAGAUCCGAUCCAUGAAGCUCCGGGAGGCGCACAAAAACAGCAGCGGCGACGCCUCCUUAUGCUCAAUUCUCUGGGACCAGAGCGGUGAGCAUAUCGUCACAGCAUCUGCUUCCGAUUCGUCUAUUUGUAUUCACGAUGCCAUUUUCCCGGCGAAUCCGCCAAAAGUUCUGAGAAAUCACAGAGACGGUGUCACAGCUAUUGCUCUUAGCUCUAAUUCCACCUGCCUCGCCUCCGGAUCUGUUGACCAUUCCGUCAAGCUCUACAAAUUUCCAAGUGGAGAUUUUGAAACAAAUAUUACUAGAUUUACAUUGCCAAUAAGAGCACUUGCUUUCAAUAAGUCGGGCACUAUGUUAGCAGCUGCCGGUGAUGAUGAGGGCAUUAAACUAAUAAAUACUAUCGAUGGUUCGGUUGCAAGAGUACUUAAAGCGCAUCGAGGCUCUAUCACUGGUAUAGCUUUUGAUCCCAAAAGUGAAUAUCUCGCCUCAAUUGAUUCGGUAGGGACUGUCAUACAAUGGGAGCUCCAAUCAGGAAGAAUUAUUCAUACCCUAAAAAACAUAGCUCCCCCCACAGGUUUGGACCAUGCUUUCAUGAAUACGCUUAGCUGGAGUCCUGACGGGGAGCUACUAGCUGCCCCUGGUUUGAAGAAUGAUGUAGUGAUGUAUGAUAGAGACACUGCUGAAAGUCUGUUUUCGUUACGUGGUGAUCAUGUCCAGCCUAUUUGCUUUAUAUCAUGGUCACCUAAUGGAAAGUACAUGGCUACUUCUGGUUUAGAUAGACAGGUUUUGGUAUGGGAUAUAGAUAAGAAACUAGAUAUUGAUAGACAGAAGUUUGACAAUAUGAUAUGUUGUAUGGCAUGGAAGCCACAGGGAAAUACUCUAGCAGUUGUUGAUGCUAUGGGGAAAUUUGGUUUGUGGGAAUCUGCUGUUCCUUCAUCUAUGAAAUCGCCCACUGAAGAUAUACCUAGCAUGGGAUCAAAGGGCAGUAAUGGAUUACUUCUAUUUGACGAUGAAGAACAGUGUAGUGCAUCUGGUAGUUUGAGUGCUCUUGGGGAAGAUAGUUAUGGUGAAUCUGAUCACUUGCCUAGCCGAAAAAGGAUACGCAAACAGUCUGUUUGUGGCGAUGAGUGCAAAGAUGAUAAUGAGUUGGACUUAUUUCCAAAACUCGAAUCUCGUAAAAAGCCUGAUCAUGGUCACCAAGUAAGCUCAGAUAGGAAGAAAGCUGAAUUGAAAAGCACUGCUGUAUCAGCAGGUCCGAAAAUGCAAGAAGCUUUUCAACCAGGGGCAACUCCUGUACAGCCUGGAAGGAGGCGCUUUCUUUGUUAUAGUAUGCUCGGGAGUAUAACCACUAUGGAGCAUGAUGGAUAUUCUCAUAUAGAGAUUGAUUUUCACGAUACAAGUAGUGGUCCUCGAGUUCCAGCUAUGACUGAUUACUUUGGCUUUACCAUGUCUUCAUUAAAUGAAAAUGGAAGUGUAUAUGCAAAUCCAUGCAAGGGUGAGAAGAAUAUGAGCACACUCAUGUAUCGCCCAUUCAGUAGCUGGGCUAAUAACAGUGAGUGGUCCAUGAGAUUUGAAGAGGAAGAAGUCAAGGCUGUGGCACUUGGAAAUGCAUGGGUGGCCGCCAUUACAAGUCUUAAUUUUCUUCGCGUCUUUUCUGAGGGCGGCUUGCAGAGAUAUAUACUUUCUCUUGAUGGACCGGUGGUCACUGCAGCAGGAUGCAAAGAUGAACUAGCAGUUGUUACACACGUGUCUCCUUCUCUACACUCUAAUGAGCAGGUUCUUGAAUUUCGGGUUUUCAAUAUUCACAAUGCUACACAACCUCUACGAGGACGACUACCUUUGACUCCAGGUUCCUGUUUAACAUGGUUUGGGUUUAGUGAGGAAGGCCAGCUAAGCUCUUUCGAUUCCAAGGGUGUGUUGAGAGUCUUCACAAAUCAGUAUGGAGGUAGCUGGUUUCCUCUCUUCAGUGCCAGUAAAUUGAAGAAGCUGGAAGAGAAAUAUUGGGUUGUUGGAUUAAAUAAAAGCAAGUUAUUUUGUGUUAUAUGCAAGUCCCCUGAUUCUUUCCCUCAGGCCACUCCCAAACCUGUUCUCACUCUAUUAGAUCUUUCCUUUCCUCUUGCUUCCUCUGAUCUUGGAGCAGAUAAUCUGGAGAACGAAUUCAUAUUGAUUAAUAUGCAUUUAUGCAGGGUUCAGAAAGAAAUUGAGAAAAUGUUAGCUAAUGGUCAGGACACCACCUUGCUUGAUGAUGAGGCAUUCAACCUCGAUACUGCUCUUGAUCGAUGCAUCUUAAGGCUCAUCGCAUCGUGUUGCAAUGGUGACAAGCUGGUGAGAGCAACUGAGCUUGUAAAACUUCUUUCAAUGGAAAAAUCAGUGAAGGGUGCAAUAAAGCUUGUUACAGCCUUGAAGCUACCGAACUUGGCAGAGAGAUUCAGCUCCAUAUUGGAGGAACGUUUGAGAAAUGAAGCAGUGGCGGAAGCUGCUCUUGCUCAGCCAAACACAAACAUUUCCCUACGUGCAAAUGCUGUUUCUAGCAUUUGUCAAACUACACCAGAAAGCAGCAGUAAAGCAACACCCAUCUUAUAUACUCCUUCCUCAACAAAGAAGGCUUUGGAGGACAAUCCAGCCAAUGAUAUAAACACGAAAACUGAACAAGCCCAAGCCACUCCAUUGCGAAAGGCGGGCGAAGUGAGUCUCAGCAGCUCAGGACUAAAGAGCCAUAAGAAAGCAAACGGUGGAGAAAAGAUGGAUGACAUAACUUUUUUAGGAGACUCCAAGAUUGGCAAAUAUGAAGGAGACAAAAAGGCCAUUCGCCCUUCCAACCCUUUUGCGAAGUCAUCAAAAAAUCAACAAACUCCGUCCUUGCUUGAGUCUCUCAAGAAGAUGAGUGGUGAGAGCAAUAGCAAAAAGUAAAGCUGUGCAAGUACCAUUCAUCCAAGAGCCUCUCGUCUUUUUUCAUGUUUGUUUAUCCCCAGAUUUCACCACCGGUACACAAAUCAAUUGUCACACAAUCUAUGUAAUUAUGCUUCAAGUUAUUCCAUUAUGUACAUUAGCAAGUUUUUAGUAACAGUAAUGAAAGAUUUAUCAAAAUGGGCUAAAAAACGUUGAAAU